AAUGCACUGCAGACUCUUCCUCUGAACUCAACUGCGGAUCACUGCAAGAAACCUGCGGAUCCAUCUUUACCACAUACAAGUCCUCCAUCAUGGUGAAAGAUACACUGAAUGAACUGUCCCAGCUGAAACAGUCAGGCUUCGGUCAGCCGUUGCCGAGACAUGGCCUGAAUCUGUUGUACUGGUUUGCUCGUGACUACAUAGGCUUUAAUAACUCUGGUGAAAUUGUCCUGAGGUUCAAGCCUAAGAACGGAGACUUUGGUUUUCACAAGUACCACAACAGAAUUGAUGAAGAUGAGGAUCCCAUUGUGCCCAUUGUGCCCACUGAGAACCUCCUAUACUAUGAAGUGGGCAACCUGAAUAGUCCAGGAGCAGACAAGCUCCCAGAUUACGUCAGGAAAAAUAACAGGCAGAAUCCUGACAGUAACAAAGACCGGGUUAUUGUGCGUCUGGACGCCAAUGGCAGCUUGAACAGGGUGUAUGUGACUGAACACAGCGACCCGAAACGAUUCGACAGCAGCAAAACCUUCCGUGUGAGUCAGGGCCUCCUCCUGAACAUCAGGAACAAGAGUCGAGACCAGUAUCUCUCCCAGGUCUCCAGCACUCGUGAUGUACAGGGCGGAUUUAGGCAUACACCACAGAGACAUCAUAACCCGCCAGCUGAAAACGACUCCUGGUGGUGUACCAUUCUUUGAAUAGGCUAUAAAGAGUCGUUAAACCACUCUUAUUUUAUUCGUGAUUAUUAUACACAUUUUUAUAAUAUUUUACCUUGAACUGAAUAAAAUAUUCAUUGGUGUGAUGAUGUGAGGGAAAUCUUUGUUAUGAACCUUUCAAGUGUGUGAAUCAAGUUAGUGAACCGGAUCAAGUACCCGCCCAAGUCACGUGACUUCUUUGUUUUUAAAUGUUAGUGGUGUCUGAUGGUAUUAUUAAAUGGAUUAAACGUGUGAUUGUAAAACAAGCUCGAGUCAUUUUUAUCAUCUAACUUUAUCAAAGUUGAUUGGAAUGUAUUUACAUGACUGAAACCAGCAGAUGUCGCCGUCGUGCCGAGUUUCGAGAGCUCGAAGAUUCAUUUUGGGAGGCAAUUGGUUCAGUUGAAUCGUUUCAGAAAGACUCAGUUCUCGUCUGUCAUGUUAUGUCUCUUGUUAACACACAUUUUGAUAUAUUUUCCCAUUUCCUUUAAUUGGUUUUGAUUAAAUAUGUGAUUUCUCUGGCUUGGUUUGAAAUAAAAAUGACUUUGGAAAAUUA